CAGCUCCGGCAGCCGCCACGGAACAUCAGGACCAAAUCCCCGCCGGCUACCCCGAGACGAGAGCGAGGAGGUCCAGAGACAGAGAUGGUCUGGGCGCUGACCCCCGUCGUCACAGCGCGCGGGGCGCAAAAGUACUACAUCUCCGCCGCCGGGACGUACACGGUCGGCCGCAAAGGUUGCGAUAUCACGCAAACGGACACAUCCAUGUCCCGAGUGCAUGCGGAGAUCACAGUUGAAAAGAUGGUUGCCUGGGAUCCACAUUCUGGUGCUCCAGCCAGCCCUUCAUGUGUUAGUCUAGUUGACCGCUCGAAAUACGGCACAUUUGUCAACAAGGUACAAGGAUCCCAGGGCAGCCGGCUACGUAAAGAUGAAGACGUGAUGCUUAACGAUGGAGAUCUUUUGACUUUUGGAACUGGCAACACAACCUUCAGGUUGUCCUUUGUCCCCAUAGUGGUAUUUUUUCAUGGCAAAAAGUCAGCACGAAUUGAUCGAUCAUUGCAGGCAGCCAUGACAUCUAUUGGUGCAUAUGUUACUCGUAAGUGGAAUGAUGCAUGUACACAUGUCCUUGUGGAUGAAUCCUCACCAUUGACACCUGAGCUCCUCGAUGCAAUCGUCACAAAGAAGACGAUCGUCUUGGGAAGCUGGUUCAAGGCAAUCAUGGAAAAGAACAUACACGCAGAGAUUCCUUCUUGUACACAAUAUAUUCCAAACCUAACUCUUGAUGGGAUGGAUAUAAAGAUGGUUGAGAACAAGCUCAUGGAAAAUUGCAUAGAAGGCCAUACUUUUAUCCUGGGAUCAUCAGAAAAGUAUAAAUUUGGAGAGAAAAUACAAGCGUUAUUAGAAUUAGCUGGAGCAAAAUAUCUCAAUAUCGAGGAGUUUUGUGCUGACAGCGAGAAUUCUGGAACUGGAGAGAAUGACCAACAGAUUCUUCUUGUUCCUGCAAAAUCUCCUCUGGAAUUCAGUAAGAUACGUGCUCUAACUCCCUUGGCCAAGGUCACUGACGUGAAGCUGUUUGCUGCUAUAUUGUCUGGUCGCUUGGAAGCAGCUGCUAUUGAACCACCUGCUUUCAUAAUUACAUCCUCAGAGACAACGGAUGAAACUAUUGUGGCGGAUUCUGACGUUGAAACUGAUACUGCAAUAUCUGAGCAUACUGUUGGUGCUAGCAAGUCUGAGCAUCAUAUUCAGCAUAUCUCAGACAAUAAAGCAGAAGGCAAAGUUAUAAGCAGUGCGAAUGCUGCAAAUUUAGGAGAAGCAGAGGUCAACACUAGUAUUCACGUGGAUCUGGAGAAAGACAAAAUUUCGGAAUCCAUGGAGGAAGAUGUUCAGGUCAUAGAGAAAACAGCAAUUCCGAGGUUCAAAGCUGGAGGUGAGGAUGUUCAGGUCAUAAACAAGGUGCUGGAGGACGAGAACAUUGACACUACCAGGGAAAAGACUUCUCAUGCUGUUUUUGUAAACAAGGCGCUAAAGGACGAGAACUUGGGCACUAGCGGGGAAGAGACUUGUCAUGUUAUUUUUAGUCAAAAUCUGAUUGUCAAAAGGGUCCUUCGGCCAGCUCGUGCUGCAUCAGCAAAAACUGGAGGCAUUAACUUCAAAAGAUUUAAAAAGAGGGAAACCGUGUCUGGGAACAGCUUCAGGGCCCUGAUUCCAUUUGCACGAGAACCAUACAGAGAGUCUGAUCAGGAAAAAGGCACCUUAACUGAUUUCAUGAGAGAGGAGAAGCGGCGAAAACAAAUGGAAUCCAUUGCAGAGGACCUCUUCAACAAUCAGAAGCCAAAGAAGAAGGCGGCUGCAGGCAGUUCAAUUCAGACCCUACUCACCGGUUGCCGAUGAAGUCCAGGAGAAAACUUGCAGCAUAUGUGUCUUCUGUUUGACUCUUCUCACCAUCACACCGGUUGUUUUACUCUUCUCCUAGGGCACAUUGUUUCUCAACUUUUUACCUUAGGAGUUCUGGCUAGGUGGUUGGCUGGCUUUUCUCUCCCAUGGUUUUUUCCUCGUCCCAACAAGAAGCUAGCGAGCACAUGUACAUAGGAACGGAAGGGUGCGUGUAGGAUAUGAACUGUAACCUUCUCAUUUUGGCAAGACAUUUGCAUUAUUGAAUGCACGUCCAGAAAUGGAGCAAUUCUCACGCGCAUCAGUAUUCUUGAAAAAUGUCCCUGCUUUUUUC